AUGAACUUUGAGGCAGAGAUUCUGACAACGCCACGUGAUGAUUCAGAGCUGCACGUGGUGCCUCCCAUGAGAAGUCUCACAUCUGAGGAGUACGUGGAGGCCUUCAAGAUAUUUCUGGAGCACUCUACGGAGCACCAGUGCAUGGAGGCGUUCAACGAGCAGGCAAUGCCCCACAUCAUGGCUGGGCUGGGCAAUGGGAAAUCCACCCUGAACGUCCUGGGAGUUGGCAGUGGCACAGGUGAGCAGGACUUGAAGAUGAUCAGGAUCCUGCAGGCUGAACACCCAGGCGUCUUCAUUAACACAGAGAUCAUAGAGCCCAACCCACAGCACGUGGCAGCAUACAAAGAGUUGGUUAAUCAAGCUCCCGAUCUCCAGAAGGUCUCUUUUGUCUGGCACCAGCUCACUUCCUCCGAGUAUGAACAACAGGUGACAGAGAAGAGCACACAGAAAAAGUUUGACUUCAUCCAUAUGAUUCAGAUGCUGUACCGUGUUGAAGACAUUCCUAACACGAUCAAGUUUUUCCACAGCUGCCUAGACCAUCAUGGUAAACUCCUGAUCAUAAUUUUGUCAGAGAGUAGUGGAUGGGCCACCCUAUGGAAGAAGUACAGCCACUGCUUGCCUUUAACUGACAGCGGCCACUACGUCACAUCCAGUGACAUCGAGGAUAUUUUGAAGAGAAUCGGGGUUGAAUACCAAGUUUACGAGUUCCCGUCUGACUGGGACAUCACGGAGUGCUUUAUCGAGGGGGAUCCAGUUGGAGGCCACAUGAUAGAUUUCCUAACAGGGACGAAAAACUUCCUGGGCACUGCACCCGUGGACCUCAAGCAGCGUCUCCAAGAGGCUCUCUGCCAGCCCGAAUGCAGCAGCAGGAAGGAUGGGAGGAUCAUCCUCAACAACAACCUCAGUAUGAUCGUAGUUGAAUCCUAA